AUGGAUCUCGAAGCGCCCACUUUCAAUUCUCUCAACACGGCGCAGAAGCGAGCGCUCAUCUUGCGCGACCAACUGCGGUGGUUUGACCCACAGCAUCUAGACAGCUUCAUUGAUGGUCUUGCCAACCCUGAGCCGCCUGAUUACAAGAAUAUCAACGGCGUCACCACUCCUGACCUGGUCUUCGUCAAGCUCAAGGCCAGUGCGUCUCGCUUUGAGCUGGGCAAUGUCAUCUUUCCCGAGGAAAAUCAUGGCGUCCUGCAUGCCUAUCUAAUUUUUGAACACGGCAAGAUUGAGAUGCACACCGAAGAAGCCCUGGCAGAAAGUGAGCAGAGCCUCGACCACGUCGCUAUUCAUGGCUUCAUUGCGCGAACUAUGGUGGAAAUGUUCAAGAAGAAGAUCGGCAUGAUCAUGGCACGCAUUAGCAUACUCAAUGAGGCCAGGAGAUCGGCGUACAGUUCUCCGCCCAAUAGUCCCGUAUGCAUUGCUAGUGGAGAGACACUUUCAAGGCUCCAAGCUCCCAAAAAAAAGUCAAAGGAUGGCUUCUCAGCCCCGGCGCUGAAACACUGGAGGCGUGAGCCCAAUACUCCAGUUACUCCCCACAUCACCAACACCCGUCCCGUCGCCGGCCUAUGUUCGAUUCCAGCUUCUCUCAAAGCUGCCACCUUUGCUGCUGUGCCUGAGCAAACGAAGAUUGAUCUGUUCAACAACAUAGCUUCGGCUGCCUUUCCCAACUUUGACAAUCUCAUGGUAGCAAGCUGGAACGUCGUCUCGGUGUAUUCGGCUUGUGGAAGCGACUUUCCGGAGAUGCACAAGGCGGUUGUCGAGUUGAAAGACGUUCUUCAGGACUUCGACUCAGCUUUUGGGGCGACAGUGAGUAGAACACCAGUCCAGUAUCGCAGUGACUGGGCUGGAGAAGGUCGGAUGGGGGGUGGUGUAGCUCGGCCAUUGCGGACUGAAGCCAACAUUGAUAAAUCACCGACGGGGGCUGUUGAGAGCAGUGAAAAAGCUGUACAAGAAUUGCCAAGUCAAGAUCAAGACAGUGAGAUGAUGGAUAGGGAAGGAGAACAAUUGAGCGAUACUGAGCAAGAUCUACCGGCCCCGGCCCUUUCACAUCAAGACGAAGACUCGCCUUCCGAGUCUGAAAUUGGUGAAGACGAUGCUCCAGCGCUUCGGCCUUCAGAUCCACAUGUUCGCCAGCGAUAUGAGCGUCGAAAGCCAACCAAUGUCGAACCUGAGUUUCUCAAGCAUGUCCAUACUUCUUCCGAGCCCCUUCCAUUGCGCACUCCUCCAUCUGCGCCUCCGCCAGCUCAUCCUACGUCUAGCCAGAGCAAGAUCAUUAGAAUUGGCGAUAAGAAGUCUCAAGUUUUGAGGAAUAACUCGCCUGCGCCGAUUGAAGAAGGACAUCCAGCUCCUAUCAACGCAAUUGCGGCCACGCCACGCGCCAUCACUGGUGUUGAGUCCUUGCCGUUGGUCACAAAGACCUCUCCUGCUCAAGGUGCAAAUGUACCAGCUCUCACCCCAGCUGCAGCACCUUCAACUCUCAGUGCCAUCGCCUCCCCGUCCGCUGCCCCAAUUGCCUCGCCCACCAUAAACAAGCGCAAAGCCUCCGGCUCGCCUACCCCUGGCACGUCGAAGAAGAAACUCAUUUCCGACCUAAGCACGGCACAAGUCCAGGAGAAGGCCCGCACUACGAGAACGGAGAUUCUCCGCAAAUGGAAGUGUUUUGAUCCCGAUGUCGUGCCCCGCCCGUUUCUCGGCCUGCACCACAGUCUACAGGCGGAGUUGGAGAGGCGCGGCCAUGGUGAAGCUAGCGCGUCGAGUUCUCGGAUAGGAUCGAGUUCAAAUGCCCAGCAAGCCCAUGGUAGGGUUCGUACGCGCGACCAGGAGGACCAAGAGCACACCGCGGAUCGUAUUGCAGCGGGUCGCAGCACCGAGCGUGCACCCGCCGAACUCCAAAAACGCAUCGAGGAGCGUAACCGGGAGCGAGAGCGAGAACGCGGCACUCCUUGCCGGACCUCUGAGCGUCCUGCCAAGCGCAGUACAGAAGUGGUUUCUCGUCACUCUGAGGGUAGCCCGGCAGAAGCCAGGCCGGUGGUCACGGGCAUGUUUGGCGCGUAUUUGGGCAAGUCGAUGUUGGGGGCUAAGAAGAGUAUUGGGAUUGCGCCUGUUGCGCCAAUGUUUGGUACGGAAGGUAGCAAGAAUAAUGGUGGUGGUAGGAGUGGAAGUGGUACUGGAGGUGCAGCAGGGAACGGCAGCAGUGGUAGUGGCAAUGAUGUUGAUUUUGCUGAGAGUGGCCGAAGGGAUAGGAGAGGAUAG